UUGCCCUUUGGUAUGAUCCAUGGCUUCCGAUCGCUUUUGCUAUUUUAAUUGAAGAUUUGACGCAAUAGCUUCAUGCUUGAGUGGAGGCAUCCAAAAAAAUCGUUGCCCGAGGGAACUGUAACAAACCUUGGACCUUCUUCAAAAGUGCAUGAUUUAUGCGUCUGACCAAUGGCCACUGGGUUCGGAUUUGGCUCUCAAACACUCGUGUCUAGACCACUUCUCGCCGAGUCACUCGUUCAUGAUCUGAACGAUGACUUUGCAGCACGAGGGGGACAAAACAGUGCGCUGAUCUGCAGUCACCCGCACUACAUCCAUCCAUUGGUCACCUUACGAUGUCACGAUUCCAUUACAGUGGUCGAAGGAUCCAAAGGGUUUUCUGCUGAUCCUGCCCUUGUGAUUAUGAGGAUGUGAGAAGAGCUCGUUUUGCCCAUGCAUGCAAAUUUGCGUGGCGAGACCAGAGCUGGGCACCAAUGGGCUCGGGCUGAAUGAGUCGUUGUUCGUGCUGAGACCGAAUGCGAGGGCUACUGUUCCGAUCGUGAGCAGUGAGAGAGAGAUCGGCGCCACAAGGCCCGACAGAAUCACACAGACCGCACCGUGCUCCGUGCCUCUGUUCUCGAGCGCAGACUCUUGCCGAGUUUAUGCCACACCGGCGAGCUCGGUUCUCGGUCGAGGGUCGAGGAUCGACGCUAUUGAUCACCCUCCCUCAUUCAUUCGUGCUGCCAACCGAGCAUCUCAUCCCAUCUCGCUGCAUACACCUCCAUCGGCAGCGGCGCUACGUCGGCCAUCGUCCCCCCAUUCCUCCGACAAACUCGAAGCAGAGAAAAGCUUUCUUGCUCAGGCGGCUUCAUGAGAGAGAGAGAGAGAGAGAGAGAGAGAGAGAGAGAAGGGCCCACAGCUUAUGUUGGGAAAAAAGCGGAUCAUAUCCUCGGGACACGUCUGGGCCUCGCUCUCUCGCUCUCCUCUCGGCGAGGGACGAGGCCUUGGCCUUGCACUCGGGUUCAGUGUCAGGACUGUAGUAGAGUAGAGUGCAUUAACGUGCUAGGCGUCUUCUGGUGCAAGAAUAAAUGAGUGAAUGAGUAAGUUAGUAAAUGAACGAAGUG